UUGACAUUGUAGUUUGGUUUGACUUCUUCUGUGUCCGUUGAUGACCACUCCUCACUCUCUUCCUCAAUUGGUAGCCUAACACAACCGUUGCAUGCACAUACUUUUCAAUCUAUUAUGUCUGCGUCUAUCUAUAGUCUACAUACACUCCAUAAUAAUAUAAUCUUUUUACAACCCUGCUCGAUCAGCUUAGUCAAACUCGAACAAUAAAAUAUUUAAAUAUAUCACAGGAGGCUUCGAAAAUUGAAAAUGCAAUUCUCGGCUCAGCUAGAACAGCCCAAUGCAAAAGGUUAUACCCAUAUAUAAUAUAAUAUACAAGGUGGUGAUAUUCUGUGAGACUAUAUAUAUUCAGUAUAUAUCUGUAUCCGAUCAAUGUAUAAAUUAGACUUUUUAUAUAUGAUAAUGGCAAUAGCUCUCCUACCUUUUUGAUCAAUGAGCAAUACUAGUUUUCUCCAUUUACCAAUCUGCCAUUAUUUCUUUUUUCAAUCGUCUUCUCUAGCAAAAUGAGAAUCUCCAUCAACUCGGUGAUAAGCACAGAUGGGACAACUCGCUUCCUCAUUCUCGCAAUAUGUGUUGCUUAUAGAUGCACGGGACCAUGCACUGAAGCAGCCACGGCCGGCCACGAGCUCAUCAAUGGUUUCAAGGCCACACCCGACCCAUCAAUCUCUUCAUUUCAGUCUCUCCUGGUAGACUCCACAGGUAAUUUCUCGUUUGGUUUCCUCCGUAUCAAUCGGACCCAACUCGCCCUUGUGAUUCUCCAUGCUGCUUCCUCUGAAAAUUUCUGGGUCGCCAACCCAACCAGCUUAGCCCGAUGGUCGGACCGUACCCAGUUAUCCUUCAACGGCAGUUUGGUAAUCGCCGACAAAACCACCGGGAUAUUUUGGACAACUGGGACGGAGGGGGAUCGCGUUGUCCUCUUAAACGAUUCGAAUCUGCAAAUACAGAAGGUCGGAAAGUCCCCCACCGUCGUCUGGCAAAGCUUUGACUUUCCCAAAAAUAUCCUCGUGGCGAACCAGAAUUUUACAUCUGCCAUGACUCUAGUCUCGUCGAAUGGGCUAUAUUCCAUGCGUCUAGGUGAAGAUUACAUGGGCUUAUACGCAAAGUUCAAUGAAAACUCAAAUCAAAUUUAUUGGAAGCACAGAGCAAUGGAAGUCAAAGCGGAGAUCGUAGAAGGGCAAGGUCCCCCCCACGCUUUAGUCAACUCAAACGGCUACCUGGGUAUGUACCAAACAGGUACUGCUCCCGUAGACGUGCAGCCAUUUAACAGCUUUCAACAACCAUUCAACGCGCUUCUCAUUCUCCGGUUAGAACCGGACGGGAACUUGAAAGCGUACUACUGGGACGGGUCUAACUGGGUUCUGGACUACCAGGCGAUCACUGGCGCUUGCGAGUUGCCGUCUUCAUGCGGUUCAUACGGUUUGUGCACGCCCGGGUCAGGCUGUUCAUGUCUGGACAAUCAGACUGAAUUUCGAUCCGGCGAGUGCUCUGCAACUGCUUAUGGAGACUUUUGCGGAGAUAUCUCGAAAAGCCAGUUUCGGGUGGUGAGAAGGAAAGGCGUGGAGUUACCGUUCAAGGAGCUGAUGGGCUACGAAACGACGUCGUCGCACGAGUUGUGCGAAGCCAUGUGCGAAAGGAACUGUAGCUGUUGGAGUGCAGUGUAUAACAACGCAUCCAGGUUUUGUUACUUGGUGGAUUAUCCGACGCAAACCAUGGUGGGCGUUGGGGACCAGAGUAAAGUGGGUUAUUUUAAGGUGCGGGAGGGUACAAGGAAAAAGAAAAUGGAAUCGGGUUUCGGAGUCAGAACUGGGUUAUUAACUGGGCUCGUAGCGUUAUUGAUUCUGGCAAUCGGGUUGGGAAGCUACAAGAUGUGGAGGAGGAGGAGAUGGAUGAAAGGGGUGUUGGAGGAAGAAAACGGGUUAUCACCCGGCCCUUAUAAGGAUCUCGGGUCAGCUAGUUUUCGAUCCAUUGAGAUGAGCAGUAGAUAAUGUUGACUGAGAUAAGUUCUACUUAUUUUAUUUUAUUUUAUCCUUCACUAUAUAUUUUAAUUUUGAUGACGUCAUGGAUGACAUAUUGCUUGGUGUAAGUUGGGUGGUUUGACUGGACAGUGGGUUUGUGUGGGGGGUCAGAUCAACGUGAUCUUUUUUAUUUUUGUUGUUUCUAAGGUGGGCCCAG